CCAUACUCUGAAACACACUGGGCCUCUGGUGUUCAUUUCAUCCUGGUCUCUUUCCUCCCCUGACGUGGCUGGACUGUAAGCUCCAUAAGAUCUCUAGGUACCAAUGCCUAGCCCUAUCAGACCCUCAAUAAAAACUUGCAAAUGAAUGGAUGAAUGAUAAAUGACAAGAUUUGGAACUGGCUUUUGCUGGAAGAAAAUGAACCUUCUGGUGUAGCACAUGGACAUCUUUGACGGGACCUGCUGUCACCAGGAAGAAAGGACCGGAGGCUGCUUCUUCCAGCUACUCUGCUCUAAAUACCUUAAUCUGAAUCCUCCCCCCUAGCUGCUCUCCGUUUUUCUGAAAGCUUCCAGCCAUGGCUCUAAAAGGACAAGAAGAUUAUAUUUACCUUUUCAAGGAUACAGCGCAUCCAGUCGAUUUUCUGGAUGCAUUCAGAACAUUCUACUUGGAUGGAUUAUUUACUGAUAUUACCCUUCAGUGUCCUUCAGGCAUAAUCUUCCAUUGUCACCGAGCUGUUUUAGCUGCUUGCAGCAAUUAUUUUAAGGCAAUGUUCACAGCUGAUAUGAAAGAAAAAUUUAAAAAUAAAAUAAAAAUCUCUGGCAUCCACCAUGAUGUUUUGGAAGGCCUUGUGAAUUAUGCAUACACUUCCCAGAUUGAAAUAACUAAAAGAAACGUUCAAAGCCUCCUUGAAGCAGCAGAUCUGCUACAGUUCCUUUCGGUAAAGAAAGCUUGUGAGCAGUUUUUGGUAAGGCACUUGGAUAUUGAUAAUUGUAUUGGAAUGCACUCCUUUGCAGAAUUUCACAUGUGUCCAGAACUAGAGAAGGAAUCGCGAAGAAUUCUCUGUUCAAGGUUUAAGGAAGUGUGGCAGCAAGAAGAAUUUCUGGAAAUCAGCCUUGAAAAGUUUCUCUUUAUAUUGUCCAGAAAGAAUCUCAGUGUUUGGAAAGAAGAAGCUAUCAUAGAGCCUGUUAUUAAGUGGACUGCUCAUGAUGUGGAAAAUCGAAUUGAAUGCCUGUAUAACUUACUAAGCUACGUAAACAUAGAUAUAGAUCCAGUGUAUUUAAAAACAGCUUUAGGUCUUCAAAGAAGCUGCCUGCUAACUGAAAAUAAGAUACGAUCUCUAAUAUACAAUGCUCUGAAUCCCCUGCAUAAAGAGAUUUCCCAGAGGUCCACAGCCACAAUGUACAUCAUUGGAGGUUAUUACUGGCAUCCUUUAUCAGAGGUUCACAUAUGGGAUCCUCUGACAAAUGUUUGGAUUCAGGGAGCGGAAAUACCAGACUAUACUAGGGAGAGCUAUGGUGUUACAUGUUUGGGACCCAACAUUUAUGUAACUGGGGGUUAUAGAACGGAUAACAUAGAAGCUCUUGACACAGUGUGGAUCUAUAACAGUGAAAGUGAUGAAUGGACAGAAGGUUUGCCCAUGCUCAAUGCCAGGUACUACCACUGUGCCGUCACCUUGGGUGGCUGCGUCUACGCUUUAGGCGGUUACAGGAAAGGGGCUCCUGCAGAAGAGGCCGAGUUCUAUGAUCCAUUAAAAGAGAAAUGGAUUCCUAUUGCAAACAUGAUUAAAGGCGUGGGAAACGCGACUGCCUGCGUCUUACACGAAGUUAUCUAUGUCAUUGGCGGCCACUGUGGCUACAGAGGGAGCUGCACCUACGACAAGGUCCAGAGCUACAACUCAGAUAUCAAUGAGUGGAGCCUCAUCACCUCCAGUCCACAUCCAGAAUAUGGAUUGUGUUCAGUUCCAUUUGAAAAUAAGCUCUACCUAGUUGGCGGACAGACUACAAUCACGGAAUGCUAUGACCCUGAACAAAAUGAAUGGAGAGAAAUAGCUCCCAUGAUGGAAAGGAGGAUGGAGUGUGGUGCCGUCAUCAUGAAUGGAUGUAUUUAUGUCACUGGGGGAUAUUCCUACUCGAAGGGAACAUAUCUUCAGAGCAUUGAGAAAUAUGAUCCAGAUCUUAAUAAGUGGGAAAUAGUGGGCAAUCUUCCAAGCGCCAUGCGGUCCCAUGGGUGUGUUUGUGUGUAUAAUGUCUGAUUGAAUCCAUAGAAGUGGACCCAGUAAUCACUGUUUUAGGGUGUAAUAAAAAAAAGAGACAGAGAAAGAGAGACAGAAUUUGGGAUUUGGAGUCCCUUACUUAUCGUUGUGGCCUGGCACAUAAUGGGUGAAUUCCCAUGUCUAACCCCAACUCUUCACCUUAAGGCAGUGAUUAAUGGAAAAAUCCUAUGUGUAUUUACAUUUGAAUCAGUAGGGUUAACACCCUAUAAUCUCUGCUUUUCAAGGUAAUAUGGAAUUUUGGACACUUGGCAAAAAGUGAAAUACCUUUGUAGUGAAUUAUUCUCCUGGUAGCAUCAACACUGGGUGCAGGUCAGAACCAUUCUUUGGAACGAAAUAUCUCUUCUGACCCUGUAAUGUACUAGUGUAUAUUAAGGUUCCAUUUAGCUAGCAGAGAAUUUGAAAUUUUAAGGAGGGACUCUUCUCUACCUCUACAAAAUCAACACUUUAAACAGCAUUUUUCCAUGGUUAGAUGUGUUUAGAAUGUGGACUUAUUUUAAGUCUUUUUUUCUUUGUAGUGGGUAUAAUUUAUUGUUCUUUAUUUGCUGACUGCUUGAGGUAUAAAAGAUACUGUGCAAAAGAUUAUUACUGUUCAGAGUUUACAAACUAAAUUUUAAAGAAUAGCAAAUCUGAACAUUUGCAGAGAAAAUAGUUAAAUAUUUGCUAAUGCUAAGAACUAUUUUUAAUUUUCAGCCUUGAUGUAAAUUGCUAGUUUAGGUGUCUUUAGUUCAAGCAUGUUAGAAAAAUCCUCUUUAUUCAUAAGUGUAGAUACAUUACUGCAUACAAAAUUGACUUUUAGAGCCAGAAGGCAUGUAGAACAGUUGUGAUGUAAUAGAAAAUACAUUGAUGAGAAGAAAUUUGCAUUCAUUUCCCAGCUGUGCCACUAACUAGAUUUUUUUGUAACUUGAAUUGAGUCACAGUCACUUAACCUCUCCCUGAUUAGAGCUUCAUGACCCAUGGACUUUGGGCCACAGAUGUGCCUACAUGUAGGUCCCCAUAACCUCUGGGGCAGCUAGAGGUAGCCUGGGUGGUUGGAGCUUCUGAGCAGAAACACCUUUGUCCACUUUCCCCAGUGUGCCUGCAGUAUUACUUUCUGUGUGUGCCAAAACUUGUUAAAAGUUGGGAAGCACUGCUUAAGUUAGCUGAAGUUUUAGUGAUCUGGUAGACCAUCUCUCCACACUCUUCAUUUUCUUAAAGACACAGUAAUUAUUUUUUAACUUAAAACAUGAAAGUUGAAAACUACCUAAUGCUUCUGAUUUUUUUUUCUUUUUUUAAAGAAAGAGACUGUUCAAUGCAUUCAUUUCAGGUGGCAUUUUAAAUAGACACAACCUUUUAGGAAUGCAAUAUGGUACCACAUAGAAGGAGCCCAAAAAAGGGCCAUAUCUCUACCGCAUAAAUUCUACUCCUAGAUUUGUAACAUAAAGAAUAAUAUAAAAACAAAACAAAGGGAAAUGCAUGAGGAUGUUUAU